CAGUGUCCUAGUGUUGCGUAAUGUGUGCUGGUCUGGUCCUCCCCAGGGUCCUCUCUCUGUGUCACCAUGGUGACCUCACCUAGAAGCAGCAAGGCCUCGCUGGAGUGGGAUGGAUCGUAGAUAAAGCAGCCGGGCAGGACGAAGAUGAUGAAGAUGAGGCUGUUGAGGAGCGGCCUGCUGCUCGUCUCUUCUCUGAUCCUCUUCUCUCCGCCAGUGUCCACCGGCAACCGGAACGCCAGGGGACCGUCAGGUCAGUCCCAGGUGAAGCCCGGGACGUGUGAGGUGGUGGCCGCCCACCGCUGCUGCAACAGGAACAAGAUCGAGGAGCGCUCUCAGACCGUCAAGUGCUCCUGCCUGCCUGGACAAGUGGCAGGGACCACACACGCCCAGCCCUCCUGUGUGGAAGCCUCGAUCGUGCGUCAGAAGUGGUGGUGCCAGAUGAGGCCGUGUGUAGAUGGCGAGGAGUGUCGCGUGCUGCCCGAUCUCACCGGCUGGUCCUGCAUCUUCGGGAACAAGGUCAAAACCACCAAGGUGACGCGAUAACCCACGCACAGGAGACGCUGACGAGACGCGGAGGAGACGCGGAGGAGACGAGACGCUGAGGAGACGAGACGCGGAGGAGACGCACAGGAGACGAGGAGGAGACGAGACGCGGAGGAGAAGCAGUCGGACAUUACAGACGAGUCACGAUUCACUCAAACACGAGGACAUUACAGUAAACUCGUCACGAUUCACUCAAACACGAGGACAUUACAGUAAACUCGUCACGAUUCACUCAAACACGAGGACAUUACAGUAAACUCGUCACGAUUCACUCAAACACGAGGACAUUACAGUAAACUCGUCACGAUUCACUCAAACACGAGGACAUUACAGUAAACUCGUCACGAUUCACUCAAACACGAGGACAUUACAGUAAACUCGUCACGAUUCACUCAAACACGAGGACAUUACAGUAAACUCGUCACGAUUCACUCAAACACGAGGAC